CAUCACUGCCAUCUUCUCUCUCGCUCGAGGUUCAAGGUUUCUCUCUCCUCUCUCCACAGAGUUGUCGUUCCUUAUAUGCACGUUAAAUUUCUAUCCUUUACAUGUAUACAAAUCGAUUCCUGUGUUCUGCACCUAUGUACACAGCAACAGUAAAUUAAUUAAAAAAGGAAGAAAAUCGAAGCAGUGGGAAUGAAGCGCGAAUUGGAUUUCGAAAAGGAGUUACCGGGACAACUAGAAGAAUCCGGACCCGAUUGCAAAUCCGAAGAUCCCGUUUCUCAACAGCCGGUUGAAGCCCGGCACGGAUUAAAUGGGUCUAAUGUAAUGGAUACUUGCUAUGUGCCUAGGAUUAGGCCUCGCGAGCCGAAUGGAGUCAUUGUUUAUAGUAGGAAUAAGAUGUUGAAGACCGAUGGAAAUGGGAAUGAGUGCAGCGUUGGGGCUUCUGAUAAACUCCAGGGCUGUUUGGGAAUUUGGUCAGAAGCUGAUGGAGCUGAAAAUUUGAAUGAUGGAAUUCUGGUUCUGGACCGGAAUCAGGGCAAAUUGGAUGGUGGUGAGGGGGUAAAUGCUGGUAGACUUGAGAGUGUUUUAGAACUUUCGGGGGUUGAAGGGGGCGACAACAAAAUGAUGGAGAUUGAAGCGAAAGGGGAGCCAGCGGUGGUAUUAGUGAAAAGUGAUGCUUUAAUGAAUUCUAAAAAUUCGGAUAUAGAAAAUGGAAAUUCGGAAGAAUUAACGGAUACAGUGGCUUUGGAAGCCGAGAGGUUGAAGAAUGGGGACGUGAGCGCACUAGGGACUUCAACAAGGACAACAGAGAUGGAGACGUCAAAGAAAGUCGAGAUACAGGCGCUGCCGAAGACAGUCAAGGAGCUCUUUGAGACACGGUUGCUGGAAGGUUAUCCAGUUCUGUACAACGGUGGCAAGAGGGAUUUCAUAUAGGUAAUUUUGAACUGGGCAAUGUGUGUUUUUUCAUGCCUGUACGAAGAGAGAGCUGGCAAGAAAGAGAUCAUUGUGACCCGAAGCGAGAGAAUUACAUUCCAUGAUUUGCCUCAGAAACUCCUUGUCCACAUGUUAAAAUCUUGAACUAUGAGGACUUGAUCUGCGGUGAAAAUGAAUUAAAGAGGGUUAUAGCUUUAUGCAUCCAGAAGGUCCUAUUUGACAAAACAUGGAAGAUGGACUUCGUCAUUUUCAUAUAGAUCAUGGAAGCAUAGUCUUGACUGGAAACUUGCACUAACUUUGGUGAGCUUGU